UGUCACUUCGAAGCAGUAGACACCGUUCCCUCUGGCCCUCUGCCGUGACAGUCAGCACAUCUGUAUAGUGGUGGCGUUUGGUUUGGAGGCGGGUCGGGACAGUGUGCCAGGUCAAAGAGAUCUAACAGACAACAACCCAAAUCUGUUUGAUCCAUCGCUUCAUUUCAUCUGGAGGUCACAGACAGACAUGCAGCUCAGUGAGCUUUACUGGUUUCAAGGUGCCCCUGAAAUUACUGGGGUGUCGUUUCUGAUCAAACUACUUGGUUUAAGUUCCUUCCUACUGCUGACAACUGAUUUCAUGUAUCUCUUCGAUCCUUUCUUUUACGUCUUUUUUGUUUGUUUGCUUUCGUGUGUGACAGCCUGCUGCUCUGUGUUCAUCGCUGCCUGAAGCUUGUGGGUCGUCACAAAUAGCAACUUUAAUGUCUUUGAGUCAUUUCAAGGAGUAAUCCAGCAAUUUUAAUAUUUCACUCCGUUAAGCAGAAGGAACAAACAGUCCAACUUGAAGGGGAUGAGGUUUGCAGACUAGUAUGGCUCACAUUCUAAGAAGCACUGGAUAUUAUCUUUCAGAGUAUGGCCUUUAAAUUCCUCCUAUAAAGCCCCAGAUUUCCAGUUUGUGACAGGUUUCAGUGUCACUUCAAACUUUAUAAAAUUCAGUCUGUGGAUUCUGUAGGUUUCUUUUCAUGUGUAAGCCUGAUGGAAAGCUCCUUCAGAGACCUAUCGGGCCUCUUUACUGCUAUGAUUCAUUAGAUCAUGAAGGUUAACUUUAGAUUUACACAUUUCACAAGAUUGACUGACCAAUUUGUCAUGACUGUGUGAUGUGAACCUUGUGAAACACAUGUCAUGAACCGGUAAAAGGAAGUUAUGUAUGUUUUCCCUACUUUAAGCUUACAAAAAGUGAUGUUGCAGGUAUGUUAAAAAAAACAUGAUAAUGAACUGGGGACAAAAACUGGACAUUAGAGACAAACUGUGACUGAAUGUUUUGUGACUGAAUUUCAGAAUUAAUGUGGGUUCAGAGUUAAUUCCUACAAAACAGAUCGUUGAAAUCUCACGUGAUAAAUAUUUGGCUUACAGAUAAAUUGUUGAGCAUUUUAUGAGCUUGUUUAAGCUCCUCGUGUGAAUCUAAAUGACUUGAGGAGAGAGAAAUGUUUGUGUGAGCAUGUUCGGGGGAGUUAAGUGCUAAAAUCAGUCGCUAUGUGAAGGAUGGAAAGAGGAACCAGCUGUAUUUGGUAACAGUAUUGACACUCACGAGUUUUAAACGCCACUCAUAACCAUAUGGCUUACUUUAGACGACAUAUGAGGCGUGUACUCUGCAGAGCUGUAUGUUUGCUGCUGUAUAAUAACCCAAACACAAAGCAAACCUCCAGAUGUUCCGAGGAUGACUCAGGACGCUCCAGGCGCGCUUUUACGCGUAAAGUUCGUCGCCGUAUCCAAAGCGCCACUGACAGCCGAGAAAAGCUUUUGUUGGCGCAAUGAAUGAUUCCACUAAAAGCUAAACCGGUUCAGCUGACCACCGAGGGCACCCAGCUUUGACAUAAUCCAUUACAAUAAAUGAUUUAGAACUGGGGGAUUUUUUUUUUUUUAUUUUUUAUUUUUUUUUUUUUGAGAUUCUCAGACCAGGGUUGAACUGUGUUUCUGCUCUCUUAGUGUAACUAUUUGCAUUAUGUAUUUGUAAAUAUGACAACGACAGAUCUCUAAUUGUGAAUAAAGAAGGUUUUAUCACAGGAGUCGACCAUGGAGCAGUUUGUGCCUGCUGAUCGGUCUUUAUCAGUCUGCGGGCGGCUUUGUUACGCAGCGGGGCAUUUUCUGAACGACCUGUGCGCCUCCGUGUGGUUCACCUACCUGCUGGUCUACCUGCACUCGGUGCUCGGCCUUCAGAGCAGCUCUGCAGGUGUGAUGCUGCUCAUCGGCCAGAUAGCGGACGGAGUUUGUACUCCUCUGGUGGGAUACGAGUCUGACAGGACGGAGGGCAUCCUGAGACACGGCAAGAGGAAAACCUGGCACCUGUUGGGAACCGUGUGUGUUUGUGUGUCUUUCCCCUUUAUCUUCAUGCCCUGCCUGGCGUGUAGCGACAUCACUCCUCAGUGGGUGCAGAUCCUCUACUUCUCCCCCUUCAUCAUCAUCUUCCAGUUCGGCUGGGCAGCCACUCAGAUCUCCCACCUCUCCCUCAUCCCAGAGCUGGUGUCCAGGGAGAGCGCCAAGGUGGAGCUGACUGCAUACAGGUACACCUUCACUGUGGUGGCCAACAUCACCGUGUACACUGUGGCCUGGCUGCUCUUUCACUUCCAGUCCCAACACAGCAUGGACCCGUCCAUCACCGACAACCUGGGCCAGGCAGACAUCCCUCUGUUCAGGGUGCUGGCUCUCAUACUGGUGGCUAUUGGAGCGUUGUUCUCUUUGAUCUUCCAUAUCGGUACAAAAGAGCAUACAUCAGUCAGCGAGACUGAGAGCCGGCUCAUCAGCUCCUCAUCACAGGAAGCUUUUCCUCGUCCUGUAUUUCAGUGGAAACACUGGCUGAAGGAACCGUCCUUCUACCAGGUGGCUUUUCUCUACAUGUGCACCAGACUAAUCGCCAACUUGUCUCAGACCUACAUCUCAGUUUACCUCACCAACUCACUGAUGCUGCCAAAGAACUUCAUUGCCAUCAUACCUCUGGUGAUGUACGUCAGCGGCUUUGUGUGUUCGCUGCUCCUGAAACCGGUCAGCAGGCUCAUAGGCGUCAGUAUCACCUAUUUGGUUGGCCUGCUGCUGGUGCUUGGUUUCGCUAUCUGGGUGUUUGUGGAUGUUAAAUUGGGAGCUGAGAGCAUCUUUGCAGCAGCAGUGCUGCUGGGAGCUGGUUCAGCUACCAUCCUGGUCAUGUCUCUGUCCAUGACAGCCAUGCUGAUCGGGGAGCAGACGCAAAGUGGAGCUUUUGUUUACGGAUCGAUGAGCCUCACAGACAAGGUGGCUAAUGGUGUGGGGGUCAUCCUCAUCCAGAGCAUCAGCACAGACCCGUGCUGCCCAGCUUGGUUUUAUCGUGACGUCAUGGCUACAGUAACCGGGGGCGUUGCCGUGGCUGCAGCACUUUGCCUGUUAACAAUUCUCAUCUGGCCAAUCAAAAUACGGAACAACUGGUGUUCAAACAGUCAGUGAUAGUGUUCAAUGCACAAUGAUAAAGAGACCCCUGCUUCAGGGGUUUUAUCACGUCCAUAGUUAUGUUGGGAUUAGGUAUUUAGGAUUUACGCCAAAAUUCUUUUAAUGUUUUUGCUGUUUUAUGCUUACGCCUGCUAUCGAAACGUCACACUGCAUUUAAGCUCCAUAAGACUCAUUAAUAUAUGAAUAUCUUUACACAGUAUUCUGUCAUUCUGAGACUUUUUAAAGGAAAUAUGUUGUUGCACAAAGCCAUCUGUGACUGUAAAGAUUGUGAAGCCAUGCUGCCCUCUAGUGCCUGAGUAUGUGACUACACUGCUCCACUAGAAGAGCCUCUGAAGCUGAGAGUUGUACUGUAUUACACAUAACUGAGGACUGAACCUACAAUUCUCCAUGUCAUGGUGAAUUUGUGUAUUUAAGCAUUCACAAACACGCCGACUCAUGGAUACUACACAAAGAAUAUUUCAUAAAUACAUACACUUUAGGCACUGAAAGGCAAGUGAGAAUGCUUCACAUGCACUUUUUAUUCUCCAGUUGUCUUAUGGUUUAAAAAGAUCGAAACCAAAGAAAUGAAACGUUGUUUUCCACCUCUGCUUUGUACAUUCUGCUGUGAAAGCCAAAGAUUUUACUUGACCUGGCAGCAACUGUGGCACUGAUCCAAGAAAGUGAACUGAGUGAACUUGACUGUGUGUGUGUGUGUGUGUGUGUGUGUGUGUGUGUGUGUGUGUGUGUGUGUGUGUGUGUGUGUGUGUGUGUGUGUGUGUGUGUGUGUGUGUGUGUGUGUGUGUGUGUGUGUGUGUGUGUUUGUGUGUGUGUGUGUGUGUGUGCGUACGCUACGGUUAACACCUUCCUCACUGUUUGUUUACUUGCUUUGAUCAUAUGUACUGUAAGGAACUACUAUUCAAAAUAACCAGUCAUUGGUUGGUUGCUCAUAUCCAUUUUCAGAAACAUACAGACUACAACAUGCUAUGCUGAAGCUAAAACAGACAAAGUGUUGUUUUGUAAUGGUAACAGUUCCUGCUGUAUUUCUGUUUGGCUUAAAAUCAUGUGAUGUUCAGACAUUUUGUUCCAAAUUUUGUCUGCUUUGUCAUAUAUCUAAUUCUUCUUAUGUUAUAAUACACACUGACAUGAUCUUAAAUGUUUGAAUCAGCGGUGCUUACUGGUCUUCUCUGAGCUUUUUGAUAAUGUACACUGUCGUUCAAAAGUUUGGGGUCACCCAGGCAAUUUCAUGCUUUCUUUACACUUUUAUUCAUGUGCUAACAUAAUUGCACAAGAGUUUUCUAAUUAUCAAUUAGCUUUUUAGUACCAUCAACUAAGACAAUGUAGCAUUAGAAGACAGGAGUGAUGGUUGCUGGAAAUGUUCCUCUGUACCCCUAUGGAGAUAUUCUGUUAAAAAUCAGCUGUUUCCAGAUAGAAUAGUCAUUUACCACAUUAAUAAUGUCUAGACUGUAUUUCUAAUCAAUUUAAUGUUAUCUCCAUUGAAAAAAAGCUUUUCUUUCAAAAAUAAGGACAUUUCUAAGUGACCCCAGACUUUUGAACGGUCAUGUAUGUCCCUUCACACAAUUUGAUAUAACUAUUAAAUAGAUCUGCACCAGGCAACUUUACAGACUGACAACAAGAGACGUGCUGAGAAAAGAACUUCAACAUUUUAAGGAUCAAAGUGCCAUUAAUCAGUAUGUAAGGCACUGUGAUGAAUGAAGUUGUUCUUGUCAUGGAGAUAAAAAAUCUUAUCAUUUCCAUGUCCUGAUUCCUCUUACUGAGGCCUUUGCUGCAGUUUAAGCAAGAAAGUUUGUGUUUCACCUCUAAACUUUGAUUUGCUAUUGUUACAUCUAUGUGCUGAUGAUGUCUGUCUGAUAUAACUUUUAUUCCUGUCUGCACAGCCUUUUAAAAAUGUGUGUAUUUAAGAAAGUAGGUUUAUUUCUACAAAGAAAUUCUUGAUUGAUACAGCUACUGAAGGUUUCAGACUAUAGAAUGAAGGAUGUAUUGUAUGCUAUUAUGCAAGAAUGCAACUGAGUUCAUAUAUGAAAUAAAAUGUACAAAUGGCAUUGGGACUUGGUUUGAAACCAGAGGUUAGAAACAAAAAAUACAAACUAACAUAGGAAAGUGAGAAACAAAAAGUAGGAUUUAGAACCAGAGAGAACUAAAGAAAAAAAUCUGGGGUUUAUGGUAAAUGAGAGUUCGGCACCAAGAAGUCCACUAAACACAUCAGCUGUAUUUUUUUAAUAUGUAAAAGUAAGUUUGAGCAAAAUACCUAAACGUAAAUAUGAUCAGUAAUAUUAAUUAUGUGAAUGUUGAAUUGAUUUAACAAACUUUAAAAAGUGACCACAGGCCCUAUAAUGACAAUAAAGUUUGUACCCCAAAAUGAAAAAAUCCUGGGGUUUCCCAUUAAAUCUGACUGUAUAAGAUGCAGCCUUUGCCUUUGAAAACACCUCCACAUCCAACAUAAUAAUAAAGGAA